CCUUGGAUUUGAGCAGCAGAUCAUCCCUGGUCACCUCUCCUAUGGAAUCCAGGUGAGGACAGAUGUCUCUUGUAUCCCCCAUUCUCACCUGUGCGAGGGUGUUUUCCUUAAAACAAGUCCUCCAGCCUGUCUCUCUCAAGAAGCGCGAACCGCCCUACGGACGAGAAAAAGCCAGAAACCAGGCGUUCCUCAGCGCGACGUGGGCUCGGUUUUCCUCGCGGGCACGUUUUCACAGAGAUUUAGCCGUUGGGGGUCAGCACGGCGUGGAGAUUUGGGGACCUGGGUUAAAACUCGAGGAAGCCAAAGAAGUGCAGAGCCUCAGAAAGCGACCCAAUGGGGUGAGCGCUGUAGCUCUGCUUGUGGGAGAGAAGCUGCAAGAAGAAGCGACGCUUGUGGAUGACCCAUUUAAGAUAAAAUCUGGGGGGAUGGUGGACAUGAAGAAACUGAAAGAACGAGGCAAGGACAGGAUUAAUGAAGAGGAAGAUCUUAACUUGGGAACUUCCUUCUCGGCUGAAACCAACAGGCGAGAUGAAGAUGCUGACAUGAUGAAGUACAUUGAGACAGAGCUGAAGAAGAGGAAAGGAAUUGUGGAGAAUGAGGAGCAGAAGGUGAAGCUUAAGAAUGCCGAGGACUCUCUGUAUGAGCUGCCAGAGAACAUCCGUGUCUCCUCUGCCAAGAAGACUGAAGAGAUGCUGUCCAACCAGAUGCUAAGUGGCAUCCCUGAAGUGGACCUGGGAAUUGAUGCAAAAAUAAAAAACAUUAUCUCAACUGAAGAGGCGAAGGCCAAGCUGCUGGCAGAGCAGCAGAACAAAAAGAAAGACAGUGAAACUUCCUUUGUUCCUACAAACAUGGCAGUUAACUAUGUCCAGCACAACAGAUUUUAUCACGAGGAACUAAAUGCACCAGUGAGAAGAAAUAAAGAAGAGCCAAAGCCCCGUCCUCUGAGAGUGGGGGAUACAGAGAGACCAGAACCCGAGCGGUCUCCUCCAAAUCGCAAACGUCCACCCAAUGAAAAAGCAACCGACGAUUAUCACUAUGAGAAGUUCAAGAAGAUGAACAGGCGAUACUGAUGAAUGUGGACUGAAGUCUUUGCAGACGUUCUUGUUUUCUACUAAUAAAGAAUUUUGUGUCAGUGACCUGAAACGGAGGUGGGGAGAGUCACUGCCUUCACGUGCUGGUGUUAACUACAAAUCUUUUCUUGUGAUCUUGUAGUGAAUCAGUUUGCAGGUGAUUGUGAACUCUGGUCGGUAAAAUCUUGUAUAUAACUUAUUUUCAGUUAUAAAACUUCUUUUAUAAAAA